CUAAAAAAGUGUAUAAGGCAUAGUUUCUACAGAGAGGGUAAACUGGGGAUCGUUAGAAGAGGCCUUCGUUCUGUAGUAGACAUUAAAUUAGCCGGCUUCUGCUACUCGUGAUCAUGGUAAUGAUGAUGAUGUUUUCAUAUCGCAGGAAUGGAAUCGCCUUGAUUUCUUGAAAGAAGCUGCCAGGCACUACAUAGAAGCUAUACCUGAUGGCCUGAGGAGACUGGCUAUUGUAACAUUCUCCACAAAUGCCACAGUUGCCCACAAUAUGGUCACCGUCAAUUCGACCACUCGGCAAGGGUUUAUCAACAAAGUGAAUGCUCUAAAACCUGACAAUCAGACGUGUAUUGGGUGCGGACUUGAACUGGCACUGGAGUUGCUCGAUGCACCGUUUGAUCCCCCACAUGGCUCCAUCAUUCUCCUGAUAACCGACGGCCGAGAGAACCAGAAGCCUUAUGUGGCGAGCGUCAUGGAAAACCUUGUGAAGUCCGUCAUCGAAGUGAGCUCAUUUGCGAUUGGAAGAGAAGCUGACGAAAAACUUGAAGUGUUGGCAGCUGCAACGAAGGGUCAAUCGUUCUGUUUCCCAGACGGCCAACCAUUCAACGGCGUAAAGAUGGGCGUGGCGUUUGUGACAGCCAGUGCGUCCGAAAUGGAACCCCAAUGGCCCGUCACGGUUUUGCAAAUUGAAAGCAACUUCAGCAUGGGGAUGCAGCAGAAUUUCACCAUUGAUGCCGGUUUGGGAAAGAACACAAUCAUCUCCAUUAGACUUGAAGGUUCAACCAAACGAUCACUGAAGGUAGAGCUUACGGACCCUAGUGGACAGAAAUGCGCUGUUUGUAAGGGUGUUCUCUACGGUGACACAACGAGGAUAGCCCUACCGGAGCCCGUAAAGACGGGUACUUGGAUGCUUCAGCUAAAGAGAAACAGUACCGAUGAUGUCCAGGCCAGCGUGAGGGUGUUCUCACAACUUUCUGACAACACUACGGAAACCAUCAUAACCAGGGCCCGAAUGAUAAAGGUGUUGUUUAGACAACCCUACCGGUCUGUCGUCAUUGUCGACGUCACUAAAGGGAAGAAGAUCGUCUUGAAUGCAAGUGUUACUGCCGAGAUAACUGACUGGCUUGGAGAAACCACUACCCUAAGACCUCGUGACAAUGGCCAAGACCCAGAUGUGUACGCAGAUGACGGGAAGUACUCUAUUUACUACACUAAGUUUACUGGAAGUGGAAGGUACAUCUUGAAGGUAUACGUGAGCGGUCACAACGUUAACGCGUCCUGCAGGACGGCAUGCUCUGCAAGCUCCAAUAAGCCCCUCAUUACGAAGCAGAAUACCAUCGGUGAGUACGAUCAUUCAGACGUUUUCAUGAAACACUCGUACUGA